AUGACGGCUGGGAGCCCCGGAGACUGCGGGGAGGUGCGGAGGAGCCCCGAGGGCCGAGUCUCCCGCCUGGGGCGCCGCCUGGGCCGGCGGCGGCGGCCACGCUCCCCGCCGGAGCACGGCCCGCAGGAGCGGCUGCGGCUCCUUGGACCGGUGAUCAUGGGCGUCGGCCUGUUUGUGUUCAUCUGCGCCAACACGCUGCUGUAUGAGAACCGAGACUUGGAGACGCGACGGCUGCGCCAGGGCGUGCUGCGGGCCCAGGCGCUGCGCCCCCCCGACGGCCCCAGCUGGGACUGCGCUCUCCUUCCCAGCCCCGGCCCCAGGACUCCCCUUGCCAUUGGCUGCGGAGAGCCGGAAAGUUGGGACCUGUCCCCGCGUCGGGGUACCUCUCCCGUCCCUUCAGUGCGGAGUCUGCGUUCAGAACCUGCUAAUCCUCGCUUGGGGUUACCUGCCCUGCUCAACAGCUACCCGCUUAAGGGCCAGGGGCUGCCCCCACCCUGGGGUCCCCGGACCCAGACUGGCCACGUGAUCAUCACCGUGCAGCCCUCUGGUUGCAUUGAACAUUCCAAGUCUCUGGAUCUGGGCCUUGGGGAGCUCCUCCUUGGGGCCCCAGCAGCUCGGGACUGUGCUCACCGAAGCUGGCCACGGCUGGACCGCCUCAGUCUGGGGGGGUAUGCCAAAUUGGGAGGAGAAGGGGGCUUGAAAGCCCGGGUCUGAAGAGUGCGAAGGGGACAGUCUGCAAUGAGGCUGCAGCAUGGACCAUGGUAUCAGGACCAGAGGACCAGGAGUCCCAAUGUCUAGUAGAUACUUCAGUCACAUCCCAGCCUGGGGAUGGAUGCUCUGACCACAGCAGCUGCUAAGGCAUCCUGACCUGCAUGUGGGCAGGGAAAUGCCAACUGCACUAGGGUUCAUUGAGCUAGAGAAAGUUCUUAAUGUGGAGUGUGGAGACCAGCAUGACUCGGCCUCGGGAAUUUCUUCUGCUUCCAUAUGUGGCCUUAGCCCUGGACAGGUACCUGAGGGGGCUGGAGAUCCAGGCCAAGUUGAUUGGGAGAUGCACUUGGUGUCUUGGCAAACCCAAAGUGAUGGGCAAGGACCCCUAAGACACGGAGGGUAGGUUGGGAUGUUACAGGCUGGAACAGGCUCCUUCCAGGGUGGCACUGGGGAUGGAGUUUGAGCCUCUGGGAAGUUGCGAAAAUGGAAUGGAGCUGAGAUCUUCCACUGCCAUCUAGGGUGGGAACUGAGCCUUUAAUUCCCAUCACCUCAAUCCCUUUCUUCCCUCCGCCAUGCAGGGUAUAUCCCACUAGGGCUACACUACUGCCAAUGCCUUCAUACUGAAGUCUAGCCUCUCCCCAAACAGGUGUGAGAAGCCCCCUUCUCUCCUUACUUCAUUGUGGCCUGUGCUGCAAAGUCUCCAUCCAGUUGGCAAAAGGCAUUUCCAAGUUCUCAGAAAUCCCUUUAUACAACAUUGAAGCUGUAUUUUGGCUAAUGCUUUAGAAAAUGGCUUGAGCUUAGGUCUCCCCCAACCAUGUUUACUUUUUCCAAGUUGCUGGUAGGAGAAGAGAAAUUUAAAAGUGGAUCAAUCCUCACAGUCAGCUCCCUCUUUUUUUUUUUUUUUAAGUUUAUUGAAAAAUGCAAUACAAGAAGCAAGACCGAACACAUAUCUAAACACUACAACCACUUCUCUUACUACAAAAGGCCAAAACAGCAGACCUAAUUAUUGCCUAUUUAAUUGAAGGAUUUUGCCAAUUUGAUUCUGCUGCCAUAGUUCCUAUUUUGUCAAGAAAUGUAAACAACUACUUGAUAUUGUUCAUAAUUUUUAAAAAAUUUACAAAGCUCCUUCAUUUUUCUCACCAAAAUAAUAAAUCUGAGAGAUUUGUAAAAGCAACCAGCCUCGUGCUGAGAUCCUGGACAGAUUUCCCAUGAGCAUCAAAGGGUGUUGGUCAGGCUUCAGCUCGGGCUGCAUUCCCCAAGGUGGACUGUCAUCUUAUCCCCAGCUGCCCAGCAUUCCCCUAGAACACACUGAUGGGCCUGGGGAGAGGGGGACAAAGGUGCCCUGACAUGUCCCUGCAGUUAGGCUCCCUAAGUGCUCAGCUUAUGAAUACAGGUCUUGCUUUGUGGGUGGGUAGCAGAGACCUCAUGUGGCCUGGAGAAAAUCCUUAUUUCUCAAGUGAAAAUAAACUUGCAGUGAAAGUUAA